ACUGGUCGAGACUUGCUUCCGAACGCCACGCGGCUUCAUUCGAUUUCGAGCUGUGAGAGUGAAACCACGCACGCUGCCAGUUUAGAAUUUAUAUCGCGUUGUUUCGGCUGUGUCAAGUAAUUCGAUCAGUGUAUUUUCCCAAGAUUCAUCAGUUGAUACACGAAUGGUAGAAGUGGGAACAAGAAAAAAAAAACGAGUUUAAUCGAAAUCAAAGCAGCCUGAAAACAUUAGAGAAAUAAACUGCAACAACAUUGAUAGGUGUUAAUAUUUAUCUGGAUUGACAGACUGUGCAAAUAAAUUUUGGAAUACAUUAUGCGAUAACUGAAUACAAUAAUUUGUUGCAGUACAAUAACAGAAAUGAACUCCAGCUAUAGUGAACGAGGUUAGUGAAUAUCUGAGCAGAGUGACCCUAACAAAUGAUGGAAAAAAGAAUGUAUUAGUUGAUCGGGUAACAGCGUUGUGGGAGAAAAGAAAGAGAAACAGCCUAUCUUGCAGCACUUAUCAAUGAUUUGAAGUAACUUGAUCAAUCGAUCUCUGAGAAUAAAGUGAAAACCGUACCAAUCACCGCAGUAAAAGUUUGAAAAGUACGUCGUUUCACCAUUCAAAUGAGGCAAAUGCAACGAGAACUACUACAUUUGAAGUACGGAGCAACCUGGAGGAGAAUUAAGCAGAGAUAUCCGGGUAACUUCUCCAUUGCUCGGCAACGUUGGUGAGUUUGCAUGUGUUUGGGCUACGGGUAUUUUCCUGGUCUCCUCUGUCAUGUGGCGUGACGGUAACGAUUGUGAUAAAAAUCUUCGAUUUCUUCGGUUAUAUGGAUAGGUUCAUUCGUGAUCGCAACAGUGCUUGACUUCCAGUCGAAUUUUUUGUUUGCAGAUUACCUAUUUUACCAUAGAUUACUUACAGUAACCAUCACUUACUCGGCAUUCGCGAAAACGAAUUGUGUUUAGCUAAUGAUAUGAUAAUCUACGUUUGAAUUUACCCAUGAUGUCGUCUAAGUGGUGGAUUCAUCUGAGAUUUGAACACAUUCCAACGAUUGUUGGAACCCUAUUCGCGUGAUUGUUAUCAAAUUGCACGUUACAUCUUGAGCUAUUUUCAAUUUUUCAACAGCCAGCAAGUAUCGAUCGCUCGCAGGUUUAGUUCACCUAGAAAAAUGCUAAAUAGCAUACACCAUGUUUUGAAUCCAUUUUACGAAAGGUUAAUGUACUGUUGGCUUGCCAGUAUUCACCAUAAUAAUACGCGCAAUAAUAGGGUAGGCCAUCCAUGUCUUCCUACCGACUGCGUGUACUAUGAGCUAGACUCAGGUCAGCUAAGGUAGAUAUGGCACCUAGACUGCAGAAUGUACACUCGACGAUCACUUUAUUGAAAUCAGACAAAGUAAGUCACAGUGGCCACGGUGCAAAUGAGGAAGAAUGAUGUGUGUUGGAAAAAAUGAAAAAUCGCAUAGAUCGAAUAUAGGUAACCGGGUAGGUAGGUGGUUUUCCAGGGAUCCGUCGCGGGGCUUAUGCAUGCACGUAUGAGUCUCUUAUCAAUAUUUUCGUUGGGUGGUCGCGUUGGGAAUCAGGCAAGGGUAGGAAGGUCACGAUGUACCGCGAUGUUACUAGAUAACUUUUGUAAUCCACAGCGUCAAACGAUCACAGAGAUCUUCCUUAUAAGAAGUUCGGUAUUAGACUCUUCAAAUCAUUUGUAUACUUUCAAAUUUGAAUAUUGUUCAAUUCCACAUUUUUCGUUCCUACCCUGAAACCAUUUUUCAGCCACUAGUCAAUUCAAUUAUUUAGUCAUCAUGAAUUUUUAUUCAAGUCAAUUGAUCUCUGUAACCGUCUGAAUGGGCAAAACGCAUCUCUGGAUCAUCUAUCGCGUUCCGUGGUACGCUAGAUGGGGAGAGAGGCUGAGCUCGAAGACUUCGCGUCGAAGAGGAUCGCCGACCGUCACGCCACACAAUAAUGCAUGCUUUCCAAUUUCCCUCCUGGAUUGAUUCGCAUCUGUAAACAACAAUUCGCAUCGCAAUGUGUCACAUUCAAAAUGGCGUAGCUGUGGAUUGGGUUUUAACAGUUUUGCGACAAUUCCUAGAUAUUUAAGGUUUUUUAGACAGAUCAAUGCGCCUUUUUGCACGUAGAUUGAUCAUUAUAAUCGGACGCGCCUUUUGCGCGACGAUUUUGCAAAUAGUAUGAUAUGCCGAAAAUCGAAACACUUCUCGUGUGUUGUGCCUUCAGUUCUUCAGACGAUUUUGUUUCGAAUAACGGAGUUUUCAAGUCUGACGGCGCCUUUUGCGCGUUAACUUGAUACCUUACGGUUCUGAGAGAAAGUGCGCCAUUUGCAGGCCGGCGCUCAACGCGUGGAAUUGAGGAACACGGAGGGAAUAGUGAUAGUGAAGAAUCUUGUAAGUAUUUAUGAAAUACAUCUAAAUUAUUCAAGAAUAUAUAAUGCUUUGUUGAUGGAUAUCAUGUUCUGUUUCAGGGCAAAGAACUAAUUGUUUUUACAAAUACACUGCAAAAUACAGAAUGUUUAGUGAAACAUAAACAUACUUCUCCAAAAAAAAAAAUUUCUUAACCACUAUGGUGGCACUUUGUGAUAACAAAUCUGCUGUAUCAUCCACUGCUUUUGCAACGCUGAACACGAUAGAGUACCAGUCGGUUUCUGACCUGCAUUUACCGUCCAGGAUAUCAAAAAAAAUUUAUUUCGGUUAGAGGACGCUACCAAAUGAAGGUCACGUCAAAUGGGAGUCUGCGCCUCAUAGAGCCCGUUGAGGGAACUCUUCAGAAACUAACAAUGAUCGAAAAAUGUAAGAAUCAACUCAAAGGCAUUUGAACAAUCUGUCGAACCCCUAGAAAUUAAUCCAACAUUCCCGAGAUACCCGUGAGACUUGAUUCGGGCCGAGUGACUCAUCCCUCAGGAUCGGGCUGUUUGGCCGGGGCGGAAGGACGGCAAGCCGUGAGCUGUCAGGGUUCGAUGAGUCGCGUGUCGCCUAGUGCGGGUUUCAGUGCCGUGGAGUGCGGAUUGGGAAUAAGUAUGCGGUGCGAUACACGAUGAUACGGAGAUUCGGAAGCGAGCCGUUGGCUCGAUGCCAUCGUGGUGAAGAACACGGAGGACCGGGACGGGGCCGACGACGACGGAGUUGCGUGUUCCACCCGCUACUCGCCAUCGCUGCGGCAAUAUUCUUGCCAAAUUUCGUCCUUUCCGGUCCCGUUUAUCCUCGAGGCACGACAUCCGAUAGCUUCAGAGGAAGAAAUUUCACAAGCUUAUCAGACGUCGGUGAACAUGGUGAUAAUGAUUUGCCAGUGUUUGAACCCACGGCUCCGGCCGUCAGCGCGUUGGAAGGACAAACCGUUUAUCUGCCCUGUCGAGUUAGAAAUCUCGGCGACAAAGUGGUCUCGUGGAUCAGGAUCAGGGAUCUCCAUAUUCUGACUUCCGCCGACGUGGCUUUCAGCUCGGACGCUCGAUUCGCCCCUCAACACGCACCGGGAAGCGAUGCCUGGACCCUCAGGAUCGACAACGCCCGGCGUUCGGAUUCGGGGAGAUACGAAUGCCAGGUGAACACGGAGCCCAAGAUGAUGUACGCGGUUCAGCUCGCCGUCAGGGAUCCCGACAAACCGGAGGGACACGACGAGCCGUCUUCUCAGCAGACUCGCAUAAGACCUUCAGGUUACGAGAGUACGGCACCUCUGGCGGCCAUAAUGGGCCCCAGGGAGCAGAGGGUGUCUUCCGGGUCAACUAUCACCCUUAGGUGCGUCGUCACGUCGCCCUACCAGACGAGGCCCGUCAGAGGCGUGCAAUGGCUUCGGGACAACAAACUUCUAACAUUCCAGGCUGCCAGGGGCGGCAUCAUAGUGGAGACGGAAAAGGGGGCGGCUCAGACGGUUUCGGAGUUAACCUUGGCCGGCGUGACCCCAGCCGAUGGGGCCAGAUAUUCUUGUCGACCGACGGAAGGUCGUGCGGAUACGAUUCUCCUCGUCGUGGACGAAGGGGAAAGAACGGAGGCCAUGCAUCGUGACGGUAUGCGACAUGACGACAUGCAACGUGACGCCAGCUUCGCAGCUUCGGGAAGUCGAGGGACGCGAAUGUCUGACUGGCUUUUCAUAAACAUUGUCGCGUGGUUGACAAUUUCCAUAAAUGUGAAAACCUCUUAAUCGUUUCGAUAACUUCGGCAUUAUUCGACGUGAAGGUGGAAAAUGUCGCAUGGAAUGAAGAAUUAAUGGAAAGUGGUGGAAACGAAACUGGAUGGCGAGGCGUUCGUCCGUGACAAUUAGAAGACUAUCUGCCCUCUUUUCAAUCUCAGCUCAGGAGUUCCGUUCCGUUCUGGAUCCUCGUCCUAAAACCCCGGCUCGGCACGAGGGCGGAACCUGGACGAGCAGUGUAGGGAGGACAGGGAACAGCGGAGCAUGACGUAUGGGCGGAAGCAAAAAAUGGCUAAUAUCCCGUCCGUCACGACUGUCCGGCGAGCCCUGGUAGACCUUUCUGUCUUCAACCAACUCGAAACACGACGAAACGGAAACGUUUCCUCAUUUCGCGACUCGGCGCACAAAAGCUAGCCUCGGCUAACGACGCAUCUUAUAAGUGCCGCAGAGGAUCUCUGUCUUCUUUAUGGACGAACAACAGACACGCGCAAUACAGCCAAAGCAUAAGAAUUCUUUCAUCUUUAACGCGGACGAACAUUUGACGUUGUUUGAAACUGUGUGCUACUCUAGAAAAGCUCACUGCUACUUCCUUCUGCAUUGCCAAAUCAGAAGUCAAUUUAUAUUCUUCAGAUGCCCGGCUCACUUUCGGGCGUGGGCAAAUCACGGACCAGCACCGAAUUAUUCUCUGCCGUGGGAUUUGAAGAGGCCGUGCACCAUUUUCACCCAGCAGUUAAGGUGUACGCGCCGUUGUUAUACCUUUUCUUCUCCUCGUCCUAUAAGGAAAACGGUGGAAAAAAAAGUCCAUGAAGGUGCCGGUGACAGGAUGGGAAGAAAACUCGCGACUCCUUCAAGCGUUCGUAGAUCUUUUCACCUCUUUUAAAGAAGACACGUCAUCGCCAGACAACGAGGAGUUGUCACAGUUAGCAUUGAAACUGCUUCUACCAUGGGGGUACUGGCUAGCCUGGAGUCCGUAAAGGGGAUUCUUUCUGGCAGAGAUGUCACACGAAAACGACGGCUCUGUGAUUGGCCAAGCGCCUGUCCCACCAGUCAGCCAAUGAUUCUGAUCGAUGCGCUGGCGAUGCUGACUAGUCAACGCUGGAUCGACUUUGUAUGAGAUGAAUGCGAGUGUCAGUUCAUUCUGUUGUUAGUAUUCCUGCUGAAUGUAGCGAAGUGAAGCCAAGUUUUGCAAUAAUUAUGAACUCUGAUAACAAUAUUCCGCAAUCUGCGUAUGUUAACAAUCGAAACGUGAAGUCUAGCGAAUCCCUGCAUCGAUUUGUGCCAUCAUCAGGCUGAAAUUAUCGCCACGCCAGCAGGUGAUGAAUAAACACUUCAUAUUUUGAAUCGUUGAUUUCACUGUGUUUUUUGUUUAUCAAUGAAAGAUGGAUUUGAUGAUAUGUUUAUUUUGAAUGUUUGAAUUGUGUUUAUGUCAAUUCUGUUACCAAUAUAAAAUAUGAAUAUGUCUGUGUCCUACUUACAAAUGAACGCAAUGUAAUCUAGUAUAAUGUUAAAUCUAUAACCUAGUAACUAAAAUUACAAUAGAUCCGAUAGUUACAUCCUGUAAAUUAUCUGUAGAUUUUUUACACAGUUGAGUAAAUUUGUCCCUUCAGAUUUUUAGUAUAAAUUUUGACGAUCUAAAAGAAUGCUGAAAUUGAUUCCUUCAUGCGCUACAUUUAUGUGGUUUGUAAGGGAAAUCGAUUGGGCGCAGUCCGAAUAAGCUGCGAGCAACAGAUGAGGAGUCACAAUUGGAAGACGAGAAAAUCUUACAGUAUUUUUCCAGCUGUUAGUCAAACGCUGUUCUAGAUGUCAUCUCCUCAGUUCCACAGAUUCAAUUGGUCUAAUGAAAGUCGUAUAGAUCGAUUAGAGACGCGAAGAUUUCUGAACUCGGGAAUCGCAAAAAAAAAAGCAAAGCUAAUCCCUUCGAACAAGGGAUCAGAAGUUACGGCCAGAUACAUAAAAUUUGCAGACCGUUCUCAGAAAGAUUAGGGAAAAAAAUCUCAGAUUUAGAGCUAUCACAGUACAGCUGUUUAUUUGAUACGUCUUGAUUCUAGUACAAGUGUUCGGGUGUCAGUGUAUAGUAAUUUAACAUGUUACCAGAUAAUAUGAAAGUCUAGUACAAGAAUGAAUACGAAACUAUAAUUAAACAUUGUACACUAAUUUUAAUUAGUAUGACAUGACAUGGAAAUGCUAUGUAAAAUAUAUUAAGCAAAAUAUGAAUAAUAUUAUAUCGAACGGACAUUGUCUUACUCAAUAAUUAACUUUUAAGUUCUAGUUAAAGUCCAAGCGCUGCGCACCUCUGCAUGUUACGAUAUACGACUUAUGAAGGUGUAUUAUUAUUCUGAAUUGUUACAUAGAAUUUCAUUGAAUAAAUACUUGAAAUUUCCCAUA